AAGUAAAUAUAAGCCUCAUUUGCGUGCUGGAUUUUGGACUUGAUGGUCAGCUAAUUUUUCUAUCAUAGAUAAAGUGGUGUAUGGCUGAAAACUGACUCCUGCCUACUUUUGGGGCAAUGUCUUUGACAGCGAGGGAGAAUCCCUUAAAAAAUAUCGGUGCUCAAACGUUGGUAAAAGUCGCCCCAAAGUGUUUGCAUGAGAAGUUGAGGCAGCGGAAUAAGCCAUGGCUUAGAGCCCUUUUACAUUUGAAAUGGCCUCACAAAUUUGUAGUUCUUGCUGAGUGUUGUUUGUAUAUCUUUGGCGACGAAGCGAGUUCCAAGUAUGAAGCCGCAUUUUCUAUGGCAGAGUUUAAAUGUGUUGACGUUCACAUAGAUCGUGAGCAAUGUUUUUUCCUGACUUUCGGCGAUCCUGAAAAGGAACAUAUUGUGUUUUUUUUGUGAUACAAAUAGGUCACUUAAGAAAUGGAUAAAAAAGCUUAAAGAAGCAAUAUAUGCGUUCGACUCCGGAAUAGGCCAUGAGGAGGAUUACGAAGAAUCAGACGAUGAGGCCGAAGAAUCAGACGAUGAGGCUGACGACCAGACUACGUCAAAUGACAACCACGGCGAAGAACCUCAAUAUGAGAUACCCGACCCCUUGCAGGUGCAAGACAAUUGUUUCCGUUGCUCCCCUGAAGGCAAAGCGAAUAAAACACAGACAUUUGGAACGAAUGUGAGAAUGAGAACAAGAGACGAUAAGGAUACACAUUCGAAGGCCGAAAAAAACGCAAAUAGACUUUCUUCAUCGUCUUCAAGUUCAACGGACUCAGAAAGCGCUUACCUCAUUGUUACUGACAGGAAAAACCCACCAUCGGAAAUAGAUCAAACCGAUGUUCAAACUUCAACAUUGAAAAAAAAACAAGCGAAAGAAGUAGUUGAUGACAAACCGGGCGUUACACAUGAUGCUGUCUAUGAAAAUGUUUUACACGGAGGUGCACACUCUUUGUCCAUGCAACAUCCGAAGAUGGACAAAGAACUAACACAUCAGCAGAGCAAAAUAAAAGGAGUGGGCAAGAUUGUGCGUCCAAAGACUGACGUAAAAAUGACCAGACCUAACAAGACGAGACCACAAUCCAUUACAAAUUCGUCUUCGGCUUCGAAAACAAAUUCAGAAAACCCAAUGAUUCGUGUGGAUGGCAGAGACCAUUCGUCGACUUCAAAGAAUCAAGGGGAAUCUCAAUCGAUAAAGAUGAUGGCAAAUGCAAUCGAACAAUCUUUAAAACUUGGAAUAUCGAUGGGGAAAGGAACUCCAAGAAGCCAUUCAUGUGCACAUUUGCAAGGUGCACACAAAGUAUCAUGUGGGUAUCCGGAGAAUCCUGACCAAGAAACACAUGUGCAGCGAAAAAUUAAAGGAGGGCGCAAGAUUGGUCCGUCAAAGACUGACACAAAGACGGAUGUGAAGACCAGGUACCCAAUCGGUACGAAUUCGUGUUCAGCUUUGGAAACAAAUUCAGAAAACGGUACGAUUGAUUAUUUUGGUAGAGAAAAACAUUUUUCGACGGUAUUGAAAAAAGGGGAAUCUCAAUCGAUUAGGAUGCGGAUCAACGAAUUCGAACAGUCUUUGAAACCGGCAAACUCGUUUGGGAAAGAACUUCCAAAAAACAUCCCAUCUUCCAAAUUGCAUGGUUCUGCACAGACAACAAUACCCGUGGUUCAGGGAACUACAACCCCGUUAGAGGAGGAUCCAAUCUAUGAAAACUCCCAAGAUCUGUAUGAGAAUGUGGAUUACCCUGCCGUGAAAAACGAUAAGAGAGCCGGAGCUACAACUAAGUAACAGUCUAGUGGGUCCUUUGACGUUCCUAUUGGUUUAUAUUCUGUUUGUAUUAUUUUGUUUGUUGUUGCUUUAGCUUAUUAUAUAAUACACAGAGACAAUUCGUAAUCAUUGGUUUUAUAAUUUAUCGUAUUAAUUUUGUUUUUCUCCAUUAAAAAUGUUUUUGUAUUUUAUUUAAUUAUAUUAUUGUUUUAUUUAACAUGGACUUAGUAAUUUUAAUAGUCAUGAUACUUAUUCUCAUUGAUCAUGCUGUUUUUCUUUUUUGUACCAGUUUGUACCGGUGCGAAAACUUUCGAAUUGAAUGUACCAAUAUAUAUCUUGUUUUAUAAGUUAAAGUUAUAUCAGGAUUCGCUUUUCGGAACCCCCCUUCGACGAUGCGUUUUUGCUAUAGCGUUUAAUAAAGAUAACAUUAUAUAAAGACCAUGACUUCGAUCUAUUCGAUGAUGUGUAUUGUUUUAACAGUGUACAUAUCACUUUAGAAUUUCUUUUACAUGAUUGUUUUGUUUUUAUCAUCACAUGAAUAUAUUUAAAGCGAUAUUAAGGGUUUAUAAAAUAUGAACAAUUGUGUGAUAGGAUUAGAAAUUCCUAGUAUAUAAGCGUACUGUGAUAGCCUUAAGUGGUAAAUUGAGUUGCCAUAUAAUGCUACCAUAUAAUGUGUUGUUUUACACAAUGUUAGCAGACAAAAACAAAAGUUAAGAAUAAGUAAAUAUUUAGACAACACACCAAGUUGUUACGAUUCCUUUGAGACAAAAAUAUCAUACAAAGAAAAGAAUCACAAAACUGAACUUUGCAAAAUAAAAUGUCGAUGAACGCGAAGUGGCGAGUGAAAAUGAUUAUGGAUGUACAUUUCGAUACUAUGACCCUCUUGAUAUGUAUGUACUCAAACGCAUUCGACUACGGUUUUGUGUACACUUGUACUAUUGCGGAUAAACUAUGCCCGGACAUUCUCUUGUUUUUCUCACUUUGUAUAUCUUAUUUAACAAUGUAAGUUUGAAAUCGAUGUGUUAUAUAUUGUCAGCGUCAUAUUUUAAACAAUAUCCAGUGAUUUUGAGCAUGCUCUGCUUUAUUCUAGGUAUUUUCUUAUGGCAUGUAUGUGCAAUGUAUUCCCUAAAAAAAUUCACAUGUUCAACAUUAUGUGUUAGUUAAAUUUUGAAAUAUUGUAUAAUUAUUUAUGUUUACAAUUUUCACAUAUGUACGUUUGUUCAUGUAUACGGUGAUAUAUAAAUUGGAGCUUUACUAACAGUAUCAAAAUUCAUUUUACUAAGAAAUUUUAUUACAUGAUGUAAUCCUCAUUAUCCGGAGCGUUAUGAUACUUAUAAUGAUCUAUGUUUUACUUGUAUAUUCUAAAAUGACAAUAAAACACGUUAUUGCAAAAUAUUAACAGGUUAGUUUGUUAGCACGUUGUCACCUGGCAACGCUUUACAAUACAUCAUUUAUGUUCAAAGGACCGUAACAUUUUGUGCCUUAAAUAUCGAACAUUUUAUUUUAAUUACACGUUAUAUUGUAACAAUGUUCCAUAUCACAGUACUUCGACCGCUGCAAACUUUCGUAUAAGAGCCUCCUAUAUAUACUUCGAGGAUGUUGCUGAAAGAAAUGAACUUAUUAUAUAUUCGUCUAAAACAACUGCCAAUGAGUAAAAAACAGUUCGGCGGGUCUAAAAACAUUUGAUCAAGAAAACAUGUGCUAUACGACACUAAUGUCUUCGCUUAUUCGUUAACACAAAUUUACAGGAAUUAAAUUUGAAAAAUCAUCGUCUGUCACUAGCCCCGUAAUAUAUAAAUAUGAGAACAUAAUUUUUAAAUCCUAAUUUAAUUUAUUGCAGUUUUGCCAGAAUGUAAAAUUAGGAAAGUAUCUUCUUUUUUUCAAAUAAAAUGUUUACCUUCAAUUACUUCUAUAUAGUUGGUUUCUCUGUGUGUGCCAAUCACCAUAUUGUACAUAUUUAAACAUCAAAUCUGGAUAUUUAAAUAUUAGUUUAGUUUAUGGUAUUUCAUUAUUGUCACUAAUCACAACAAUUUAAAACAGAGUUAAGUUAGGCAUCAAAAGGAAAUGGGAAACGCUUUAAUUAAUUUUCCAAAUGAGCUGAUGUUAUUUGUGUUUAAAUAUCAAAAUAAACUAAUUUACUAAAUGUG